AUGAGCGACCAGGAAAUUUUGAACCAAGUCACAUACCAGGAACCUGAACAGGCUGAAGAUGAUGAAGACGACGACAAUAUAGAAAUACCCCACAUCACACAUAAAGAAGCACUAGAUGCUAUUAAUCAGAUAGAGCUAUAUCUCUUACAACAGGACCUUAAUGAUGUGACCCAAACAGAACAUGACAUAGCUUUGUCAAAAUUGUAUGAGUCA